CCACACAGCUGACUCAGCGUGUCCGUGUUACCUUCUCUGUCUCUACUGAUCCUUGUUAUCGUGGAGAAUUCGUUGUGACGUUGUGCCCAAAGUAUUAAGCUACGGAGUUAUCUUUGACGAGCUCGUCAGUUGUGUUCACUUAUGAUCUACUUUACUGUCCAUUUUAAAGGUUGUUUAUUUUGAGGGAAAAGGACAUCUGUGACAUCAACCAUGGCCUUGGAAAGCAUCUUGCUAAAUGACCAAGUGUUCAGGAUGGUGUGCAUUGGUCUGAUCUCCCUUCUCCUGGUCACCAUGGUGCCACGGAUCUUCCAGUUCCUCAAGUUGUUCCGGAAAUUUCAGAGCUUUCCAGGGGAUCCUAACUACUCUCUAAUUUUUGGGAAUCUUCACAAGCUACCAGCCGUUGCAGAAGACAGAAUCUCAUAUGGUCGGACUAACAUGCUGACACGCCACCCAAAGUAUGCUCGGUUUUGGUUUGGACCUUUUCGGCCUGUGUUAACAUUUUAUCAUCCUGAUACUGUAAAGCUGUUGCUGAAAUCUUCAACCCCAAAAAGCCGAGGAUUUGGAGCAGUUUAUGAGCAUGCCCUUCCGUGGAUAGGGGAAGGUUUGAUCGCAGCUAACGGACAUGCAUGGGCCCGUUCCAGACGUCUCCUCACGCCAGCAUUCCAUUUUGAUAUUCUGCGCCCAUACAUGGACAUCUACAAUAAGGCUGCUGACACACUUACGGAAAAAAUGGAUGAGCUUGCUGAGAAAGGAGACAAGUUUGACAUCUGUCCUUUGAUGACUCUGUGUACUCUGGAGGUCAUCCUGAAGUGUGCCAUGAGCUAUGAUAUAGACAUUCAGAGAAUGGGGUAUCACCCGUAUGCUCAAGCGGCCCAGGAGCUUGGAGAGGCCUGGUCUUUCAGAGCUAGAACAUUGUACCUUUGGCCUGACUUUCUGUUCCGUCUAACCAAACGUGGGAGAAACUUCUUCAAGAACUGCGACUACGUCCACAAAGUGGCUGAGGAAAUCAUAGCCAAGCGCAAGAAGUCUAUGGAGGAAGAAGAGGGACCUUCAAAAGGCAGACAUUUGGACUUUUUGGACAUUUUGCUCACAGCAAGAGAUGAAGACGGGAAUUCUAUGACCACCAAAGAGAUAAGAAAUGAAGUAGACACGUUUAUGUUUGCUGGACAUGACACAACAGCCUGCAGCAUGCCUUGGAUUCUCUAUGUCCUGAUCCAACAUCCAGAGUACAUGCAGAAAGUGCAGGCAGAAAUUGAUGCUCUUUUGGAAGACCGGGAGUCAGAUCACAUUCAGUGGGCAGACUUACCCGAGCUUCCUACCUUGGCCAUUUGCAUCAAGGAGGCAUUGAGGCUCUACCCACCCGUGCCCUUUAUCCAGCGAGUCUUACAUGAGCCUAUUGAGGUGGAGGGAAAAACUAUCCAUGCCGGAUGCCAGGUCACUGUUCCCAUCAUACACCUGCACAGGAACCCGGAAGUGUGGGACAGACCGGAUGAGUUCUGGCCAGAGAGGUUUUUGCCCGAAAAUAUGAAGGAUCUGCAGCAUUUUUCUUACAUACCUUUCUCAGCUGGCUCCAGGAACUGCAUUGGCCAGAACUUUGCCCUGAAUGAAGAAAAAGUCUUGAUUGCCAGGAUGCUAAGGAGGUAUGACAUGGAGCUUGCCAAAGAUGGACCCCCUGUGGCGAGGAACCCUCAAGUUGUACUGAAGACGGAGCACGGAAUGUGGCUCACCCUCAAGAGGCGUCAGUUGUAGUCUGCCCAGAUUGUGUACAGAUACUGUGAGUUAUGGGUUGUAAGUGACAACCUUGUGCUCAAUGUGGACUUGCCGCUAAACAAGAUGUCUUUUUGAUCUAAUGUGUGCUGAGGAGAGGUGUGAUGUCAUGAAUACUGCAGGAGCAAGAACACUUCUGUUUGAAGAGUAUAGGACAUGGCAUUUGGAAGAUGCACAUUCUGGUUAGUAUACAGAAGACGCACUGUUUUAGUGCUCUUAAAUAACUUUUAUACAUGAGGGGGUGAGAUGCAAAACCCUCCAAGCGACAUUUUGGAAAAAAAUCGAGAUUUUUUUGCUUAUUAUUGCACAUUGUUACCGGUUAUCAGAUGUACAAAGUGUUUUUGGCUAAAACCCUACACAUACUUAAUAAAAGUGGCAAAAAGAUCUUCUUUUUAUGCCUGUUUGUGCGUAAAGCAGCAUUUUAAAAAAGCUGAUUUUCUCAAAAGUGCUAAAAUGGAUGUAUCAGGUUUUGCAUCUCAGCCCCUCACAUGUGUAUAUUUUUCAAAUUGUCUUUUGUCUUAUCUGAAACAUUCAAACAAACAAAAAGACAAACAACGACAUCCAUACUCUGGAACAGACAAAUUUGUGUUUCUGAUUUGUAUAUAAUCAUUGAGUGGGCCUCAAUAUGAUCUUUGGUCUUCUGUUAGACAUAUGUGUACACUACAUCCUUAAAGAGUGAAAUCUUGUCUUUUCUUGUGUCCUAUGAUGUCAGAUUCUGUUAUAGGGCUGUGUCCUGACUUACUUAAAGAUUUUUCCCUUUAGCUUACUUUGAAUGGAGGAAGGAAAGGACAUUUUUAGCUUUCUCAAAUUUUGAAAUUGUAAGAAGACAGAGCUAAUAAUCUCUGCUUUGUGCACUUUUGUUCUCAUGGUGUGGGUCGUUGUCUUGGGGGGAAGGGGGGGGGGGUAGUUAAAUUAGUCAUCUUGACUGGUCAGAAAUAUUGGUAUCAUUAAAUAUCACCUGUCAGUUAGUUUUCCAUCACUCUCUGGAUUUCUUUCUAGUCUUUAUAUAUAUUUCAAUUUUUUGCUUAUAUUGAUAGCUGUUAUGCGUCAUUGCUUGCUGUAAUGUGAAAUGGUACUCCAUGGUUAAAAAUUCUGGCAAGUCUUCAUGCCUGCUUACAUGCUUUGGAAAUUGAUCCUGAUUAAUGUAUAAG